AUGAAUUUUAUGGAAGAAGUCUUAUCACUUAAUGGUGAUGCAUUUUAUAAUUUUGUCGAACAACAAUGUGGCAAUGUUGCUCCCGAGAUUAUUCAAAUACAAGAUAUCUCAUCAGCCGAGUGCCUUCUAGAUAUUGGUGAUGUUUUUGCUUUCAUGCAGCUUGAUUCAGAAGAACUUAUUCCGUUAAAGAAAAAAGUGGGAAUCUGUCUUAAUGAUGGUCGCUUUAUUUUGAAAAAAGGAUUAGUAUACAACGUUGAGAAAUUUCUUAAAAUUCUUCGUACUCUUAAUCAAGAAUAUUUAACGUCUUUGGAUCACCACAGCUCGAAUAAUUCUUCUGAUCUAAUUGUACCGGAAUAUUUAUUCAAGAAAUUUCCAUUUAUGCAAACACUUAUUGUGUAUUCAAAACUUAUUGCCGACUGCAAAUAUGACCUUACAUUCUUAAACAUUAUAUUGAAUAAUAUGAUUAGAAACUUAGUAACUGAAGAAACAGGUUUCCGUUAUGACACUAUUGUUCGCCAAUUUGUAACAAGUCUAUACAUACUUGGAGGUCGCACUGCUUACGAAUUCGUACGCUUAAACAUUCCUGCAUUACUUCCAAGUGUGCAAAUUAUUCAAACCUAUAUUGCUGCUUCAGAUAAUCCGGAGGCUUGGUUUGUUGCAGAAGAUGCUACCGCAGUUGUUCCUAAAGUUACAUAUGAUAUAAAAUCAAAUACAUUUAUCGGAUUUUCUCUUCCUCUUGAUAGUAACGGAUUACCAAUCCAAAAUUCUUACUCAACCGACUCAUUCACUCGUCUUGAAGAAUGGUACUCUGAUAUUAAACGAGCAACAUUAUUGAACGCCUAUCUUAUUCAACCACUCUCAUCCUCAUUUCACAUCUCACCAUAUAUUUUUGCAGCAUAUGAUAAGAAAAAUCUUGACUUAAUCCUCUCGCAAGUAUCUAAUCUUGAUGAAACAUCUAUAAAUACACAAUCUCAAACAAAACGUCAAUACUUCAUUACUAAUCAAGCACAUUGCCUCGUGUAUAUUGCUACGCUUGUUUCUGAAGGACAACUUCCGAAUGCUGCACUUAACAUAUGGUUACAAAAUUCUCCAACAUGUGAAGGUACAUUUAGAUCAGCUAGAGCAAUAUCAAGUGUGUUUUCAGCUGGUGUAAAUUUUACAGUAUCACAAUUUCUGAAUAGAAUUAACAAAUUAUCAACACUACAAGGCAUAAAAAGUAAUACAAAUCAAAACAAUCUUCCCUUUUCUCAACAUCAUAAAUUACCUAAAACAUCGAUAGGCAUUUCAAAUUCAUCAAAUGCAACCACUCUUUCGAAAAUUGCUAUUGAAAAUAGUGUCAUUCAAGCAUACAAAUAUGUAGCUAAACUUUUUUCUUCGUUAAAAGUUAAAGAAAUAUUACGACGAGGGCGAAUAAUGUCAAUUGAAGAAAUCAGCAGAAUGAUUGCACAAGAAUUAGACAAAUUUUGGUCGUCAGAUAUUAAUGUCCUCAAUGACUAG